AUGAGCGACCAGCAACCAUCAACCGGUGCUAGCCGCAUGCGAAAAUUUCGAGAAAAGCAGAAGGAGAAAGAUCCAAGCUUUACCGCUAAUGAGACUAAAAGAUUGCGUGAGCUUCGUAAACGAAAAGCAGAAAAUCUUUCUCAAGAUUUCCAAAAAUUAGAGCGAGAAGCUAGAAUUUGUAGAAAACUACAUCAUCCUAAUAUCGUCAGACUGCACGAUAGCAUACAAGAAGAAAACUAUCAUUAUUUGGUGUUUGAUCUUGUUACUGGUGGUGAGCUGUUUGAAGAUAUUGUUGCGCGUGAAUUUUAUUCAGAGGCUGAUGCAUCGCAUUGCAUUCAACAAAUUUUGGAAUCGGUUAAUCAUUGCCAUCAGAAUGGUGUGGUGCAUCGUGAUCUGAAACCAGAAAAUUUACUAUUAGCUAGUAAAGCUAAGGGUGCAGCUGUUAAACUCGCCGACUUUGGCUUAGCCAUAGAAGUUCAGGGCGACCAUCAGGCAUGGUUCGGUUUUGCCGGUACUCCUGGCUACUUAUCGCCGGAGGUGCUGAAAAAGGAGCCAUAUGGCAAAUCGGUAGAUAUAUGGGCAUGUGGAGUUAUUUUAUAUAUUUUAUUAGUCGGUUAUCCACCUUUUUGGGAUGAGGAUCAACAUCGUCUUUACUCUCAAAUAAAGGCUGGUGCAUAUGAUUAUCCAUCGCCCGAAUGGGAUACCGUAACACCUGAAGCAAAAAACUUGAUAAAUCAAAUGCUAACAGUUAAUCCAAAUAAGAGAAUUACUGCAGCUGAAGCGCUGAAGCAUCCAUGGAUUUGCCAAAGAGAGCGUGUGGCUUCGGUGGUUCAUCGCCAAGAAACUGUGGAUUGUCUCAAAAAAUUCAAUGCUCGGCGUAAACUUAAGGGUGCUAUUCUUACUACAAUGUUAGCAACCAGAAAUUUUUCAAGUAGGAGUAUGAUUACCAAGAAAGGUGAGGGAUCUCAAGUUAAGGAAUCAACAGAUUCCUCAAGUACAACACUAGAGGAUGACGACGUUAAGGAAGAUAAAAAGGGAAUUGUUGAUCGCAGCACAACAGUCAUAUCAAAAGAGCCCGAAGAAAUAAGGAUUGUUUGUCCAGCGAAAACUUCUCAACAAAUGUCAUCCAAUUCUCAAUGCACAGGUACGUAAAAUUUGCUUUAUUUU